GAACAGUUGAAAUGACGUCACUGCCGUCCCAGGGCAGGUAAUCGAACCUCGAUUCCAUCUAACGCGCAUGCGUCAAAGGUGAAAGAUGGCUAACAACAGACCUGAGGCUGCCAACCUAGGCUCAGCAUCACAGGGCCAAUUAACAGACAUCUUAAGCACAGCUCAAAACCUGGUGUUGCUGUUGAGAAACAGUGCACUGGCAAAUGUCAUGCCAGUCAGUCAGGGCAGUACAGGAGAAGCUGCUGUUGGACAGGGAGCACAGUCAGUGCCGACAGUGAGGCCUCAGCGCAAUGACUCUGGACAGUCUGUGAAACAAGAAAUGGCUCGGUCUUUUCCUGGAUUUUUCCGAAAGGAGGCAAGAGGCAAAAAGCGUUUUGCACCAUAUACACCAACACAACCUGGGAAGAGCUUUUUGGUGAACUUUUUUCUUCUUGAAAAGCAACGUGAAAAAACACCAAAUGGAGAAGAGGAACUGCAGCUUGUACUGGCUGGCCUUGGAAAACGUUCAUUAACCCUUAAUGAAAACAUCACACAUUCAGAGUUUUCAGAUUUGCUUUUGAGCGCAUAUCCAAGACUGGCAAAUAUCUGUGGAGGCUGGUUGCUGCACAAGUCCACAGGUGGGGGUGGGCAGCGGAGAUUGGCUGUUAUUCCUCCAGAUUUAAAUGGAUAUACCGGCCAGCAGCUAAAAGCAGUGAGCGGGAAUGGAAAAUACACAAUGUACAUUGCUCCUUUACAAGAAGAACUGGAUACAAUUCCUUUACCACCAGAAGCAAAGGAAUUUGAGAAGAUGCCCAAAGCUCAGUGUACAACCUGCAAGAAAAUGGUUCCGCUUCAGAUUCUUCCAGGACACAUAAAGGAAUGCAAAAAACAACUUGUAGAUUUGUGCGAUUCUGCUGAAGAAGAAAGCUGCAAGGAAGAAGAUGAAGAUGAAUGCUCAUCCCGCGCUGCGUCCUCAGACCGCGCUGAGCACGCUGAGGAGAGGUAA